GCUUCCGCCCCUGCUGGUUCCUCGCUCCGGGGCGGGGCUCGCGAUAGCGAGCGGGAGCAGGGCGCGGGGCGGGACCCGGGUCCGAGGCGAGGAAGCCGGAAGCCGUGCGCGGGGAGCCUCCCCCUUCGACUGCAGCCUCGCUCGGCGCCUUCUGCACGCCUGGGAUCCCGGAGCCUGCCUAGUUCUGUGCGCUCCCGCCCAGGCCGGUGCCCGCCGCCCGCCUGCGCCCCAGGCAGGUCCCAGGCCUCCGGCUGCUCCCGGCCGAAAGUGGAGACUGGCAGUGGCAGGCACCGCUGGCGAGGGCGUUUGGGGACCCAGGGUGACCACGGCGCAGCCAUGGGGACCGCGCUUGUGUACCAUGAGGACAUGACGGCCACCCGGCUACUCUGGGACGACCCCGAGUGCGAGAUUGAGCGCCCUGAGCGCCUGACCGCAGCCCUGGACCGCCUGCGGCAGCGCGGCCUGGAACAGAGGUGUCUGCGGUUGUCAGCCCGCGAGGCCUCGAAAGCGGAGCUGGGCCUGGUGCACAGCCCAGAGUAUGUGUCCCUGGUCAGGAAGACCCAGGUCCUAGGCGAGGAGGAGCUGCAAGCGCUGUCCGGACAGUUCGACGCCAUCUACUUCCACCCGAGUACCUUUCACUGUGCACGCCUGGCCGCAGGGGCUGGACUGCAGCUGGUGGAUGCUGUGCUCACAGGAGCUGUGCAAAACGGGCUUGCCCUGGUGAGGCCCCCCGGGCACCACAGCCAGAGGGCAGCUGCCAACGGGUUCUGCGUGUUCAACAACGUGGCCAUAGCAGCUGCACAUGCCAAGCAGAAGCACGGGCUACACAGGAUCCUCAUCGUGGACUGGGAUGUGCACCAUGGCCAAGGGAUCCAGUAUCUCUUUGAGGAUGACCCCAGCGUCCUUUACUUCUCCUGGCACCGCUAUGAGCAUGGGCGUUUCUGGCCUUUCCUUCGAGAGUCAGAUGCAGACGCAGUGGGGCGGGGACAGGGCCUCGGCUUCACUGUCAACCUGCCCUGGAACCAGGUCGGGAUGGGAAAUGCUGACUACGUGGCUGCCUUCCUGCACCUGCUGCUCCCACUGGCCUUUGAGUUUGAUCCUGAGCUGGUGCUGGUCUCAGCAGGAUUUGACUCAGCCAUCGGGGACCCUGAGGGGCAAAUGCAGGCCACGCCAGAGUGCUUCGCCCACCUCACACAUCUGCUGCAGGUGCUGGCCGGCGGCCGGGUCUGCGCCAUGCUGGAGGGCGGCUACCACCUGGAGUCCCUGGCUGAGUCGGUGUGCAUGACAGUACAGACGCUGCUGGGCGACCCCGCUCCACCCCUGUCAGGGCUCAUGGUGCCAUGUCAGAGUGCCUUGGAGUCCAUCCAGAGUGCCCGUGCUGCCCAAGCCCCGUACUGGAAGAGCCUGCAGCUGCAAGGUCAGUGUGGCCAGGUGCUAGGCUGCAGGAUCCCACCUCAGGCUCCGUGCAGUGGCUAUGACUGUGAACUGUCCCUAGAUGUGACCCCUGUGCCGACGAGCCCCAGCACCCACUCCCCAGAGGGGAGGCCUCCACCUCUGCUGCCUGGGGGUCCCAUGUGUAAGGCAGCUGCACCUGCACCUGCACCGAGCUCCCUCCUGGACCAGCCGUGCCUCUGCCCUGCACCCUCUGUCCGCACCACUGUUGCCCUGACAGCGCCAGAUAUCACACUGGUCCUGCCGCCUGAUGUCAUCCAACAGGAAGGGUCAGCCCUGAGGGAGGAGACAGAAGCCUGGGCCAGGCCACACGAGUCCCUGGCCCGGGAGGAGGCCCUCACUGCACUUGGGAAGCUCCUGUACCUCUUAGAUGGGAUGCUGGAUGGGCAGGUGAACAGUGGCAUCGCAGCCACUCCAGCCUCUGCUGCAGCAGCCACCCUGGAUGUGGCUAUUCAGAGAGGCCUGUCCCACGGAGCCCAGAGGCUGCUGUGUGUGGCCCUGGGACAGCUGGACCGGCCUCCAGACCUCGCCCAUGACGGGAGGACUCUGUGGCUGAACAUCGGGGGCAAGGAGGCAGCCGCCCUAUCCAUGUUCCAUGUUUCCACGCCACUGCCAGUGAUGACUGGUGGCUUCCUGAGCUGCAUCUUGGGCUUGGUGCUGCCCCUGGCCUAUGGCUUCCAGCCUGACCUGGUGCUAGUGGCGCUAGGGCCUGGCCAUGGCCUGCAGGGCCCCCACGCUGCACUCCUGGCUGCCAUGCUUCGGGGGCUGGCAGGGGGCCGAGUCCUGGCCCUCCUGGAGGAGGACUCCACACCCCAGCUAGCAGGGAUCCUGGCCCGGGUGCUGCGUGGAGAGGCACCUCCUAGCCUAGGCCCUUCCUCUGUGGCCUCCCCGGAGGACGUCCAGGCUCUGAUGUACCUGAGAGGGCAGCUGGAGCCUCAGUGGAAGAUGCUGCAGUGCCGUCCUCACCUGGUGGCUUGAAAUCGGCCAAGGUGGGAGCAUUUACGCCGCAGAAAUGACACCGCACGCCAGCGCCUCGCUGCCGCGAUCCGGACCUCAAGCCCGCGGCUCCCACGACUCCGGGGCAUAGAACCCCGCCCACUCCCACCCCCGUCCCCUCCCACCCGUGCUUCCCCCGCUCCACCCCUCACUUCGCCUCGCCCCGCCCCACCCAUCGCGCCCCAUGCAACCCACCCUCGGUCCCGUUCCGGCCCCUGCGCCCCGCUGCCCUUCCCUCCCCGCCCUUGCGCCGUUAGUAAACAUGGGUCAAACGAAA